AUGGCCAUGACUGAUGGCAUUGACCCAGAGCUUGCUUAUAUCAUUACCCAUGAGAGAAGGCAUGGGUUAGGACUACCUUAUAGGGGUUCUAACAGUUGUAGGCAGGCGACAGAUGAUGAACUCGUGCAAGCUUGGGCGCGUGGGUGCGUGGGUGAAGACAUUAUCAUGGUCCCUGAUAGACUUCUCAUGAGCGACAUGGACGAAGUUGCUUUGCCUAAGGUGAUUGUCAGUGAUGAUGCUGAUGCUGAUGAUGAUGAUGAUGAUGAUGAUGUGCUUGAUGGCCCUCUUGCUUACUCUUCUACUAGUAGCAACAUUUUCAGCAGUAGGGCUAGUGGUGAUGACGAUGGCCUUGGCGAGGGUGCCUCCAAUAGAGGCAGAGGCAGAGGCAGCGGUGACCAAGUAAUAGAGAGCUUUUCCUUCUCGGAGAGGACUCCUACUACUUCUAGGGAGGAAGACCUCGUCACUGAUGAGACAUCUGAGGAUAGUGAGGGGGAUGCGAGCAUUGAUAUUGAGCACUUGGAGGGCAGUGACGCUGGUGGAGAUGAUGAUGAUGAGGAGGAGGGCAAUGAGACAGGUAGUGGCUCUAAUGAGGAUGACUACGAAGAUGAUGCCAGUGGCAAUGAGAGCGGUAGUGGCUCUAAUAGAGAUGAAAGAGAUGAGGCUGAGGGUGAGAUAGUAGUCGAGGCUGAGGUUGAGGCAGUCACUAAGGUUAAGGGCAGUCGUGCUGAUGGGGACGACAUUGGGGUUCCACCGGUGAAGAGGAUGAAGAGGGCGAGCCGACCCUGA